AUGAUUCAAGAAGGCCCAGAAGCAGUGCGAUCUCUGUCUUCAAGAUCCAGAAGUGGUCCUUCCGAAACACCAACAUCCAGAAAGCAUCGCAAUGCUGGAAACACAUGUGCUGACUCUGCAAGUGGAAAGAAGGUGUACCACCUUCAAGCACCCAAUUUUCAGCAGACCGAACAAGAAAUCUCUCUUGGGGAACUGAAGAGCAGAGAAAAAAAAGGACAGCUCCUCCGUGAUAUCGAUAAGGGAAAAGUCGAAGAGUUGACACUUCUUCCAUAUAUUACUCUUGUCUAUAGUCACGAAACAUCCUCCCAGCCAGUAUUCUUUGUGAACGCUCAGACAAGUCGUAUUACGUAUUAUUGCUUGGAUGGAUUUCAAUGGAACAACUCAGCAGGAGGUCACCAGUACAUUCACAAAAAUGAAAGUCGUCUUUCUUCUAGUUUUGGUGUUCUUCUCUGUAAGUUUCUGCUCAAUGAAAAAUACGGAAUACCAAAAGAGACAGUGGAUCGUCUCAAAGAGACUGUAGACAACUUGAGUGAGAAAACUCGUGAAGCUCAGGUAAGACUAUCAGAAGUCGACUCGAACUGA